AUGACUAACCUGACCAAAAACUUUGGAAAGUGGGAAAUAAAUAGAAGGAAUGAACCGUGUAACAGCGUAAAAAAUAAUUCUAGUACAUGUAAAGAAUUUGACCAAAUGGCUAAUGGGGAUGAGUCCAUUUUAAGCCCACGAACGAUGCAAGAAGUGAUAGAUAAAACCGAGCUAAAUAGAGACAGUUUCGUGAACAACUUUUUAAGAUUAGCACGACUUUCAUUGACAUCGUUAAAUUAUGUGUUAUCAUCAUGGUGGCAAACAACUAGUUGCGUUUUUGCAGAAAAACAUAGCCAUGAUUAUUUAAAUAAUACUAGGAUCAUUAAACAAAAUAUCAUAAAUAAGCAAAUUCGAUUCUAUGUAAUGCUUGGGAAACUUCUGCAGGCCGACAAAGUUCGACUUCACAGUAACGCUCCGGCCGUCCUAUCCGAUCCGUGUAAAAGACUAUUUGAGAUUGAAUAUUUGCUUUCCAGAUCAUUCCAUGAUCAUUCAACGUUUUCUCCAAGUUACUGGUUCGAAUGUUCGAAAAGUUGCGUCACAGGGAUCAUCGGUCUAAAUACAGCCUUACCUGUGAUUUGCCUACCUUGGAUCAGCAUUUUCAAUUACAAAAGAAUUUUAAAAUAA